AUGCCACCACCCUCGGAUCAGCGACAUAAUGUCGACCCCCCAGAGGAAAUCACCUCCGAGGCUGUCCGCGGCUUCAUGACCGGUGUUUUUCGGUUCGGCUCUGUCUCCAUCCUGGCGCAUAUGAUUAUGAUCCUCCCUCAUCCUUUCAAGUUCUCGUCGCCCUCGUCCGCCCCCGUCCCAUCGCAGUCCCCGUCUCAACCUCCGCCGAAGCAAUCGCCCUUCUCGAAAGAGUUCCUCCGCUCGCGACUGUUCUAUCGCCCGUUGGAGGGCUUCUCGGAGUGGCUAUCCCCCGCUUCGAAGAUUUACCGCGGCUUGACGCCCCAGUUCAAAGUGUUUCUCCAGAUCGGAGCCAUGACGCUGGGUGGGUGCAUCUGGGCGGAGCGCAGAGUCGAUGAAUACAUUAAAUAUGUUCGCAAGGUCAAACGGCUCGAGAAACUACAAGCGGAGAGAGCCGCGCGGGGACUGGAUUGUCUCAAGUCAUCUUCUAAUGUCAGUGGUUGUGAGAGGCAAAUUAUCGGAAGACAUCGGUCGGUCGGGGCUUUGUCUCGCUUUGCUAAAACAAAGUCCAGAAGCGAUGCUGCUGCAGUCCCCGAACGGCCGCAGUGGGGAUUACGGGAGGAUCUCCAGAUUGGUGAAUCGGCCGCUUGUGCGAUCUCCCAAUCGGUUGAUCACCCCGAAGUUCAUUUUACCCAGCUGUCAGUCAUGUUGGCAGCGCUCCAGACCGUGGCCAACUGGAGCUAUUCCGUAGCUACUAAGUCAUCUAGCAAGCAAUCUAGCUGGUUAGCCAGGGCGAGGGAUGGAUGCAAGUGGAGCCCCGGAGCAGGAAUGAGGAAUGAGAAAUCGAGAAAGUGA